AUGGCCUUACCAAUAAUAGGCUUCCACUCAUCUCUCAUGUCGAUCAGAAGCAAAGUCAUCGUUGUGAUGGCCUUCUUUACGAGGAUACCAAACGUUGUUUUUGCUCUUAUGCACUUCCUGGCAUACGAUAAAUUCGUAGAGGACCGUCGGCCAGCCAUUCGCAUUGUCCCGACCGUCGCCUGGCAAAGCGUUCUCCUUUCGUACAACCUCAUAUCCGCAACGACCCCGCUUCUCAAAGGCUUCACCCAAGGAUUCAUGACACAAGGAGUAUCUCUAGGGUAUCUGCGUGAAGGUGGGACGACGGGUGGAGGCAGUGGAAUGUCAGGUAGUUAUGAGCUCAAGUCGCUCACGAAGAGUACUCGAUCGAGGUCGAAAUUCUCGGCGCUGAAGCUGACGCCGUCGGAUGCAUACGCCACCACAACAGUCGAGGGGAACUCCGAAGAAUCCACCCUCCCACCAUCAAGGCUGGACUGCUUAAGAGGUCAGGAGAACUCCAAAAAAUCUACCCUCCCACCCUCCAGGAUGGACUGCAUGAGAGAGCGACCUGUCAUCCGCACGUCUUCCAUUCUCAUGAGACUCGACCACGGAAAAUACGAUGUCACACCUCUGUCAUCCAGCGUUGACGCGAAUGCAAUAGCAUCUGACGAUGGAGAUGAGCUGAAGAAAAAGAGGAUAGCGUCGCGUGACCUGCACCUCGACACCCAGGCAAACAACACAUCUUCCGAUAUCGACGAUGUCGAACAAGACAAGCCUACGAGCCAACCGGUGUCAUGGAGCGAAUUGCCUCGAAAAGACCAGCUCUUCGUCCUAAUGCUUGCUCGUCUUUCCGAACCUUUGACUCAGACCUCGCUUGGCGCAUAUCUUUACUACCAGCUCCAGUCCUUCGACCCAUCACUCCCAGAGUCAACCAUCUCAUACCAAGCUGGGAUCAUAGGCGCAGCAUUUCCGGCGACUCAGUUCAUGACCGCUAUGCUAUGGGGACGAUUUUCGGAUGCAGAGUACGGUGGCCGAAAAAGAACGAUCUACCUUGGGUUGCUUGGUACAAUGCUUAGCAUCAUCGGCUUUGGCUUCUCGCGCAGUUUCGCCAUGGCAGUGGCUUUUAGAUGUCUUGGCGGUAUACUGAACGGCAAUGUCGGCGUGAUGAGGACUAUGAUCAGUGAGAUAAUCAAGGAAAAGAAGUACCAGAGCAGAGCCUUCCUGAUCCUGCCUAUGAUCUUCAAUGUCGGCGUCUUGGUCGGACCCAUAAUGGGUGGUGUGCUAGCAGACCCUUUCGCCAGCUACCCUUCUCUGUUCGGGCCCAACUCAACCUUCGGCGGCAGAACUGGAGUACAGUGGAUGAAGCGAUAUCCUUACGCACUACCCAAUCUCACGAGCGCCGUGUUCCUAUGCUUGUCAUCCUUUGCCGUCCUUUUCUUUCUUGAAGAGACCGGUGAACUUUGCAAACACAGGCCCGAUCCAGGUCUCCGCGUUGGCCGAUGGAUACGUCGAACAAUCUUUCGCCAGAACAUCGCAUCUCAAGAUGGUUAUAGUGCUGUUCCGGACGACGACUUUGAGCUACAGCCAACACCAACAUCGGCCCACACACCUGCAUCAGACAGUCUUGACAAGCCGAAGAUUUUCGUCAGACAACAGCUACCGUUCCGCCGUAUUUGGACUCGCAACCUGGUCACAACGCUCUGCGCGCACGGCGUUCUUGCCAUGCACGUAGGCACCUUCAACGGUCUCUGGACAAUUCAUCUCUCUACACCUCGCUUCGAUAGUAGCCACCCAUACCCUCCUGGCUUCGCGCCUCACGGCCUUUUCUUUACGGGCGGUCUAGCCAUGCCGCCAGCCCGUAUCGGAAUUGCACUUGCCAUCAUCGGUGUCAUCGGCAUACCUUUGCAGCUCUUCGUGUACCCGAGGGUUGCGCACCGUCUAGGUACAGUGGGCUGCUAUCGCGUCUUCCUCGCUCUCUUUCCAGUGAUGUACACGACAGCUCCAUUUUUGAGUCUGGUUCCCAGCUGGACGUCAGCACCUGAUGGUGUCAGCGGACCGUGGAUAUGGAUCGCCAUCACAUGUGCUUUGUUCAUUCAAGUCCUUGCCCGCACGUUCGCCCUACCUUGUACGGCUAUACUCAUCAACAACGUUAGUCCGCAUCCAUCGGUCUUAGGUACCGUUCAUGGCAUAGGCCAGUCGGUAUCUAGUCUUACCCGGACCGUGGGGCCAAUACUCUUCUCCUGGGUAUUCGGCAGGGGGUUGGACAUUGGCAUGAUCGGUCUGGCUUGGUGGUGUAUGGCCGCUGUAGCCAUCGCUGGAUGGGUGCUUGCACAGGGCGUAAAAGAAGGGAAUGGGCAUGAAAUAUUGCUCGAAGGGGAGAAGGAAGAGUAUGACUGA